AAUUCAGAGGACAGACUAAAAGCAUUGAAACGACAAAAGAAGAGGAUUUUGGAGAAAGUGAAGGAAACGGAGAAUUUCAAAGACGCCAAAGACAUACUCGAAAAAUAUGACCCAAAAGCACUCCUCGACAGCGUGUCAUUGAGAACAUUGAACGCCAGUUCCACUCCUUUACUCAGUAAUGUGCCGCCUCUUAGAAUGUCCACUGAUUCUCAACUCAGAUAUCGGGUCAACAGUACUCCUAUGAGGCCAUUACCUGCCAUUAUGUCGAGCCCUGCAUUUUCCUCUCAACCUAACCCUGCUUUCAGGCAGAACUUAAUAAGAGGUCCGCAAAUGACUCCGCAGAGGAUGCCAUCUGUUCCGAUGCCGCCACCCAUUCGGACAGUGAAACCUAUUUUGCCUCACAAGCGGACAGUUAUGGAUAAACUGGUAGACUAUGUGGUGGGCGACGGACCCAACAACAGGUAUGCAUUGAUAUGCAUUCACUGCUAUUCACACAACGGAAUGGCUCUUAAAGAGGAGUUUGAAUACAUCGCUUACAUCUGCUGUUACUGCAAACGAUUCAAUCCGGCGCGGAAGACACGACCGGCGCCGCCACCACUUGAGACCUCAGAUCACAAUAAAAGGUCUUCAAUCUCUUCGUUGGCGCCGGUCAUUGACGAACCCGAGAGCGACACCGAAUCAGAGCGCGGCCGCAGAUCAGCCGUUGAACAGACGACUCAAAUACAAGAAAUUACAACUCAUUCGGAAGCAGACAAUCAAAGCAUUAACACUGAAGUUGUGUCUAAAAGCGAUGAUUCCAAUGAAGCAGAAGAAGAAGAGCAGACCACAGAAGAGGUUGAGAGCAAUAACGAAGAUAUGAAGUCCCAAACGGACGACAAACUUGAUUCAACUAAAAGUAGAGAAGAAGAUAAAGAAAUACCUUUUAUGGAUGAAUCGGAUCUUUAA